AUGGUUUUCUUGAUUUCCACACUGGAAAACUGUUUUUCAUUUCUCGAUAAAAUCGAUCCGAAUACAUUAUUUUACUUGCUUUUAAUAUUUACAUGGCUUAUGUCACUAUGGGAACAUUAUCUUUCCUAUCGACAAUAUAGAAACUACAAACGUAAUCGAACUGUUCCACCUGAACUAACUGAUGUGAUGACCGAAGAGGAGCUUAAUAAAGCUCGUUCAUAUGCCAUUGAUAAGAUGCGUUACAAUGAAAUUCAUACGAUAUUCAACGAAGUCGAAACAACCAUUCUCCUUCUAGCUGGUGUUUUACCGUGGGUAUGGAGAAAAUCCGGUGAUAUCUUGGCAACGUACAAUUACAAACAUCACGAAAUUCUACAAUCAAACGUAUUUAUUCUACUCUUUAUGGUCUACUCAACACUUUCAGGCAUUCCAUGGUCAUAUUACUAUCAUUUCGUUCUCGAAGAGAAACAUGGAUUCAAUAAACAGACACGGAUAUUCUUCAUCAAAGAUACAAUCAAGAAAUUACUUGUGUCGAUGGUCUUGUCAUUACCAAUUGCUUCACUUUUACUGAAAAUCAUUCAAAUCGGCGGCGAUUAUUUCUUUAUCUAUGCCUGGCUCUUCAUCACCAUCAUGUCAUUAGGUAUUGCAUUCAUUUAUCCAAAUUAUAUUGCGCCAUUAUUUGAUCGCUAUGAUCCAUUACGUGAAGGAGAAUUACGUUCCAAUAUUGAAACUCUAGCGACCAAAAUCAAUUUUCCAUUGGCGAAAAUUUAUGUCGUCGAAGGUUCGGCUCGAUCAGCUCACUCGAACGCCUAUUUCUACGGAUUUUUUAAAGCAAAACGUAUUGUUCUCUACGAUACACUAAUCAAAGGUUAUAGUUUGACAAAAGCCAAAGAUGAUGAUAAGGAAAAGAAAAUAGACGAAACAUCUGACACGCCAUCCGUCGAGGAGAAUACCACCAGUCGCCGUCAAACAAGCGAGAAUAAAAAGGAGAAAACCAGCGAAGAUGAAUCGGAAGCUAAGAAGAAAAAGGACAAAGGUUGCGAACCUGAUGAAGUUCUUGCUGUUUUAUGUCACGAAUUCGGACAUUGGUCACUUAGUCAUAAUCUGAUCAAUAUGAUCAUUUCAUUCCUCAACUUAUUCUUGGUAUUUGCGAUAUUUGCGGCUCUAUUCAAGCGUCAAGUUCUCUACCAAGCAUUCGGUUUUAAUGAUGCACAACCGAUUCUCAUGGGUUUAUUUAUAAUCUUUCAAUUUGUUCUUUCGCCCUAUUCGGAACUCUUCUCGUUCGCACUGACGGUCUUAUCACGUCGUUUCGAAUUUCAAGCCGAUGAUUUUGCCGUUAAACUCAAACAUGGCGAACCAUUAGGGCGUGCUUUGAAGAAACUUGAAAUUGACAAUAUGUCGUAUCCAUUCUCGGAUUUUCUCUAUGCGAAAUAUCACUAUUCUCAUCCAACAUUACUCGAGCGUCUCAAAGCGAUUAAAUCCAAGAAGAGCAAUUAA